GGGCAGGGGCGGUGUUGCCGGGCUCUCCGGAAGGAGACGUGGCGGCGGUUGAGCCCCGGCUUGCCUGGGCGUUUUAGUAGUCCCGCCGCCUCCUCCUCCUCCUCCCCCUCCUCUCCGCUGUGGCAGAGGAGCUUGUGUCGGUGGCUGGAGAAAUCGGCGGUGGAGGAUGGAGGAAGGAGGCGGCGGCGCGCGGAGUCUGGUCCCAGGCGGACCGGUGUUAUUGGUCCUCUGCGGCCUCCUAGAGGCGUCCGGCGGCGGCCGAGCGCUCCCCCAACUCAGCGAUGACAUCCCUUUCCGAGUCAACUGGCCCGGCACCGAGUUCUCUCUGCCUACAACUGGAGUCUUGUAUAAAGAGGAUAAUUAUGUCAUCAUGACAACCACACAUAAAGAAAAAUAUAAAUGCAUUCUUCCCCUUGUGACAGGUGGGGAUGAGGAAGAAGAAAAGGAUUAUAAAGGCCCAAAUCCAAGAGAGCUGUUGGAGCCACUAUUUAAACAAAGCAGUUGUUCCUACAGAAUUGAGUCUUAUUGGACUUACGAAGUAUGUCAUGGAAAACAUAUUCGGCAGUACCAUGAAGAGAAAGAAAGUGGUCAGAAAGUAAAUAUUCAUGAGUACUACCUUGGGAAUAUGUUGGCAAAGAACCUUCUAUCUGAAAAAGAACAAGAAGCAGAAGAAAAGGAAAAAUCAAAAGAGAUUCCCACUAAAAAUAUUGAAGGGCAGAUGACACCCUACUAUCCAGUAGGAAUGGGAAAUGGUACACCUUGUAGUCUGAAACAGAACCGGCCCAGAUCAAGUACUGUGAUGUACAUAUGUCAUCCUGAAUCUAAGCAUGAAAUUCUUUCAGUAGCUGAAGUUACAACUUGUGAAUAUGAAGUUGUCAUUUUGACACCACUCUUGUGCAAUCAUCCUAAAUAUAGAUUCAGAGCAUCUCCUGUGAAUGAUAUAUUUUGCCAGUCACUGCCAGGAUCACCAUUUAAACCCCUCACCCUGAGACAGUUGGAACAGCAGGAAGAAAUUCUAAGGGUGCCUUUUAGGAGAAAUAAAGAGGAAGAUCUGCAAUCAGCUAAAGAAGAGAGAUUCCCAGCAAUCCACAAACCCAUUGCUGUUGGUUCUCAGCCAAUGCUCACUGUUGGAACAACCCAUAUAUCCAAAUUGACAGAUGACCAACUCAUAAAAGAGUUUCUUAGUGGCUCCUACUGCUUUCACGGGGGUGUUGGUUGGUGGAAAUACGAAUUCUGCUAUGGCAAACACGUACAUCAAUACCAUGAGGACAAGGAUAACGGAAAAACUUCUGUGGUUGUCGGGACAUGGAACCAAGAAGAGCAUAUUGAAUGGGCUAAGAAGAAUACUGCUAGAGCCUAUCACCUGCAAGAUGAUGGUACCCAGAUAGUCAGGAUGGUGUCACAUUUUUAUGGGAAUGGAGAUAUUUGUGAUAUAACUGACAAACCAAGACAGGUGACUGUAAAACUAAAGUGUAAAGAAUCAGAUUCUCCUCAUGCUGUCACUGUAUAUAUGCUAGAGCCUCACUCCUGUCAGUAUAUCCUUGGGGUAGAAUCUCCAGUGAUCUGUAAAAUCUUAGAUACAGCAGAUGAAAAUGGACUUCUUUCUCUCCCAAACUAAAGGAUAAUAAAGUUUGGGAAAAAGAAAAGAUCAUUGAAAGUCUUGAUGAUUUCUGUCUGACCAUGUGUCAUCUUAUAGAGUUCACAGCCACUGGACCUCAUCUGAAGGAUCAUAUAAAAGGACUCUCAACCACUUUGUGAAUAUAUAUGUGUAUAUAAGAGGUUAUUGAUAAACUUCCAAGGCAGGCAUUUGUGUCACAUUUAUCAUUUCUGUUGUGUCUUAUGAACUGAUUGUGUUUUUUCUUUGCUUGGAUAAUGUGAUUCCAAAAUAAAUAUCCAAGCAAUUUAGAGUCCAGCCUAAUGAAAUGCCAUAAUUGUUGUAUCUAUUGAAAGUUUUUAAAUAAUAGAUUUAUUAUGUAAAUUAUAGUAUAUAUGAUGAGUUAAUGAAGUAAAAAUAAUGAAGAAAGAAAUUGAUAGGAGGUUGUUUAAAUGGGAGACCAUGUAAAAUAUGUAUUCUGGUGGCUGAAAUCCUUUCAGCACAUUUUUAUUUUGCAACCACUCUCUACCAGGUAUUGAAGUAAAAGCUUGGGCACAUAGUAGAGCCUCACAGAUAAGUGUUCUUCACCUCUGUUAUUCCCAAGAAACUAUUUGUAAUAGGUUGCUUUUCUCUCAGAACUUUUACCUGUUUCUUUUUCCUUGAUAUAAAUGUUUUCCCUCAGAAUAUCUUCCUAGUGUACGGUUGGCGAUUUUCCUCUCUUGACUUGAAUGAUUUGCUCUAACAAAACAUUCUCUGUUGCCCUCCUUCAGACUCACCUCCCGUGUACUACAGAUUUUAGUUCUGGACAGUUUUACAGCACAAUAUUUAUUUUACAGUGAAUAAAAUGUCCACAAGCAGUGUUGUCAUGUAGUCAAUGGCAGAUUAUUUAGUUUCUUUUCUCCACUAUCCUGUGGCACACAAAUUUUUCCUGUUGUAUUUUAGACAUUCAUAGCUAAAUAAGGAUCAGAAAAGUAGCCAUAAAAUAACUUUUCCUCCUUUUCAUUAAUUCUUGCCAAAGAUAUUUUAGUUUGAGAAGAGGUUAAUAUAAUUUGGCUAUUGAAGGACUAUUUGUAGAUUUUAGUACAAAACAACACAUAUAGAAAAAACAUGCACUUUGAAUUCAAACCUAAGUCCAGAUGUUGCCUUUAACUUACUAGCUGUGUGAUCCUGGAUAGAUCAGUUAACCUCUUUGGGUCUCCCUCCCUCUUUUGUAGAGAGACUACUUACUUCAUAAGGUGCUUGUAUCAAUGCAUUAAUUUUACUGUACAUAAAAAACCUGGCUGGUGCGGCUCAGUGAGUUGGGUGUUGUCCUGCAGACCGAAAGGUUGCUAGUUCGACUCCUGGUCAGGACACAUGACUGGGUCAUAGGUCAGGUCCCCAGUUGGGAGAAUGUGAGAGGCAACGGUUUCUCUCACACAUCAGUAUUUCUCUCCCCAUCUUUCUCCCUCCCUUUCCCUCUCUCUAAAAAUAAAUAAAAUCUUUAAAAAAAAAAAAAAAAAAGCCUAGCCCCAGUACUUGAUUCCAGGUUCCCUGUAAGUGUCAGUUUAUUUUCUAAUACUGCCCUUGUCUCCUGUUAAUAGGAUAGGAGACCAAAGCCAUGAAAAUUUAUUUAAUAAAUUAUAGAAUCAUAUUUGUUAUAUCAAUGAAUUAAGACAAAUAGAAUUACCCUCAUGUUUAGAUUAUAGGUAUAGGAGAGGAGGGAAUUAGAAUUGUGAAAGGUUAGUGCUAGCAGACACUGAAAAUAUUUAGGCCAAAUGCUUUCUCAUAUAAGGGGGGAAAUACCUAAACUGUAUUAGAACAGUUUACCUCAGAAAAUCUUGAAAAUACAGAUCAUAAUUAUUUCA